CGAGCACAGACGUGUCUUUCUUGGAAACCCGUCUCUCUACAACGUAACCGUUACAGUAAAAAAAAAAACCUCUUUUUUUUAAUCAACUUAUAAAAACUCUCACAGAAUCUCUGUCUCAUCCUUCCUCACCAUCAUGGCUAUCUCCAUCUACUUCUCUCUCCUCCUCAUCUUCCUUUCUCACUUCCCUUCCUCACAUGCAGAGCCAUUCAUCGGAGUAAACAUCGGCCAAGUCGCCGACAACCUCCCUCCGCCUACAGAAACCGUCAAGCUCCUCAAGUCCUCUUCUAUCGAGAAAGUGAGGCUCUACGGCGCCGAUCCCGCCAUCAUCAAAGCUUUGGCCGGAACCGGUAUCGGCAUCGUCAUCGGCGCCGGUAACGGAGACAUUCCUUCCCUCGCCGCCGAUCCUAACGCCGCCUCCCAAUGGAUCAACUCCAACGUCCUCCCUUUUUACCCCGCCUCCAAAAUCAUCCUCAUCACCAUCGGCAACGAGGUGCUGAUGUCGGGCGAUCCGAAUCUAGUGAACCAGCUACUCCCGGCGAUGCAAAACGUCCAAAAAGCACUCGAGGCGACGUCGCUCGGCGGGAAGAUCAAGGUGUCGACGGUGCACUCGAUGACGGUGCUUGGCAGCUCGGACCCGCCAUCUUCGGGUUCGUUUGCGCCCGGUUCUCAAGCCGGUUUAAAGGGGAUUCUACAGUUCCUGAGCGACACUGGAUCGCCUUUCACUAUUAACCCGUACCCGUUCUUCGCUUAUCGAGAUGACACGAGACCCGAAACGCUUGCGUUUUGCCUCUUCCAGCCUAAUCCGGGUCGAGUUGACGGUAACACCGGAAUCAAGUACAUGAACAUGUUCGAUGCUCAGGUAGAUGCGGUUCACUCGGCUUUGAAAUCGAUGGGAUUCGAGAAGGUGGAGAUCGUGGUGGCGGAAACAGGAUGGCCUUCACGAGGAGACCCAAACGAAGUUGGACCGAGCGUGGAUAAUGCUAAAGCAUACAACGGAAACUUAAUAGCUCAUCUAAAGUCAAUGGUUGGCACACCUCUCAUGCCUGGGAAGUCCGUGGACACUUACAUCUUCGCACUCUAUGACGAGAAUCUAAAGCCUGGACCAUCUUCAGAACGUGCCUUUGGGCUUUUCAAAACCGACCUUUCCAUCGCCUAUGAUGCAGGCCUUGCCAAGAGUAGCGGUAGUAGCAGCAACAGUAGUAGUCAGACGCCAUCAGGCAAAGUGACGUCGACGGGGUGGUGUGUACCGAGGAAUGGUGCGACGGAUCAGCAGUUGCAAGCGAGCUUGGAUUGGGCGUGCGGACAAGGAAUAGACUGUGGGCCGAUACAACCAGGAGGAGCUUGUUUCGAGCCAAACAAUGUGGCUUCACAUGCAGCUUUUGCCAUGAAUAUGUAUUUCCAAAAGUCUCCUAAAAAGCCUACGGACUGUGAUUUCUCUCAGACCGCAACACUAACCUCCCAGAACCCUAGUUAUAACAGCUGUGUCUAUCCUGGAGGAGGAGGAGCAGGAAGUACAGGAGUAAUGAACAAAUAUGUGAGCUCAGACAAAUUAGAGAGUAAACAGAAUGGAGCAGUUGAACCAAAAGUUUAUUCUUCUCUAUCUUUUCUACUCAUCUUUGUUGUGUCCCUAAUCUUCCAUGUUAAUAUGUAAUGGGCAUAAUUAGCUUCUUGAGGGUAGUUAAAUUAUCUACUCCCACUUCUUGUUUUCUCCCUCCCUCCUUCGUAUGAGUCCUGUAAUCAAAGCUGUUAUUAGUUAUAUAUAAAACUAGGAUCGCCUACGGGCGGGUUGUGAAAUAUAAAACGAUCUUGAAGCUAAAGUAUAAGUAUAUUAAACCUUGGUUGUUCAUA